UGCAGGUGGGUAGCAAUACUGGCGUGCUGCUAUUAACGAGCUCAUCUAUCACACAAGAUCAUUAUCGUGGUUCUGUAAUAUUUUCACAACGAGCUGCUGGGUUAAUUCGGUGGAUCUAUGAAAUGGUGAUUAUGAAGGAAAAACUGACAUCAAAUGACAUUGCUGAUAUUGUCAUAGACAUAUUCCAGAUGAAAGGGACUAUGGAAAAUAAAAGGUGGAGGGGAUGAUGUUGAGGACCAUGUCGAUGACCCUGAACCUUAGUCCAAGAUUCUGACUGAGCCGAAAGCUGGAAGGUGCAUCUCUUCUCUUCAAGGAAGUCCUGUCGUCAGUCAUACCACCCAUCUUUUGCACUCAUCUCACGAAUCAUGCAGACAGAUCCGGUGCUGGUGGAGUCGUUGGUGGUGUUCUCCAUCGUCCUGUGUGUGCAUGUGGCCGUGUGGAACCAACUAUCAUGGUGCUGCAUCGCUUUGGCUGUCCAAGCCUUUUACGUCCAGCACAAAUGGGAUCGCCUCCUGCGAACAGGAGCAGCGGUUUUCCAGUUCCGCCCUUCAGCCAACAGCGGCGUCUUGCCAGCCAGCAUGCUGCUCCCGUUGCUUGGGCUCACUUUGCGGGGUCGCUGCGUCGCUGUAGGGAAUGUCCACUUUGAACGUUUUGCAAUGGUGAUCACAGUGACGGGGAUGAUGUUGGCACUGUUUUUGUCACUCAUCGCACUUGGAGUCACGCGACCGGUGCCCAGCAACACCUGUGUGAUUACAGGAAUUGCCGCCAGCGCCAUCCUCUACACGGUCAAACAGACACUGCUGGUUUCCGAGGUGAUUGAGGUGCUGGAGGUGCUGCUGAUCUUUGUCUACCUAAGUCUGAUCCUCCUCUAUCUCCUUCCUCGCUGCUUCACACCUGGAGAAGCCUUGCUCAUCCUGGGUGGUCUCAGCUUCAUGAUCAACCAGCUAAUCAAACGCUCAUUGAGCACCAGUGUCGGUACCAACACGGACCCCCUUCAUUUCUUCCUUCCUGUAGCUGUGGCAGGACUGGUCUUGCUUGGUCUGGUCUUUGCCCUCCUGUUCCUCUUUAUGGAAUCUGAAACGUGGGCAGCAUCCGCCUUUUUCCAUGUCAUGACAGCCGUACUUGGCUUGGGCUUGCUUGUUCCUUGGUUGUCCCUCCUCACUGGACACCACCCUGUCAUCUGGAUUUUGGAAUUCCUCACUAAUAACAGUGUGCGUCUCUGGUUGUUGGCAUACUGGGCAUUCCUGGUAUUGGUCGCAGUGAUUGUGGUAGCACGUCAGAACACCUGGCGCUCAGAAGGCACCAAGAAAUACCAAGCCUCUACAACUGUCAGAAAGUACUUCCACCUUCUUAUUGUGUUAACCUUCACCCCAGGCUUGGCACUAGAUCGCCCUCUACUGCACCUGGCAGCUGUUGUAUGUCUAGCGUUGUUCCUUUUCCUGGAAUUGGUGCGAGUUUUCCGGAUUCGCCCACUGGGCUCGGUGUUGCGCAGGUCGCUGGCUCUCUUUCUUGAUGAUAGGGACUCUGGGCCACUUAUCUUCACACAUAUCUACUUGCUUUUGGGAAUUUCUAUACCUGUUUGGAUCUCGCAAGCUCCAUGCAUGUCAAAAGUUUCAGGCGCCGGGGGACUGGCACCCUAUGCUGGCGUUUUAGCCGUAGGGGUCGGAGACACUGUGGCAUCUAUUUUUGGAAGCACAGCAGGUGAGAUCCGCUGGCCGGGCACCAAAAAGACUUUCGAGGGCACUGCGACCUCAGUGUUUGCUCAGAUCAUCGCUGUGGCCAUUUUCCUGAUAGCAGAUGCCAGCGUAAACUUAAAUGCCAGCUACUCAUGGGUGGUGGGAUCCAUCGCUAUGGUAGCAAUGCUGGAGGCGUACACUUCACAGAUUGAUAAUCUUCUGUUGCCGCUGUAUUUGUAUGUCCUGCUGAUGUUAUGAGCAUGCACAAACACACACACACACACACACACACAUUCACAUUGUACAUAAAUAUUCUUGGUUAUAAAACUCAAAUACAACACAAAAACAGUACAGGGUCCAAAGAUUUGCACCCACUCUUAAAAACUGUUUUUAAUCUUCUAAGUUAUUAUUAAGAAAGAAUGUCUCUCUUGUUUUUUUUAAGGUUUUACUAUUUAUUUUAAUUAAAUAAAUUCUCAAGAUGAAAAUAAACAAUGAAAAACAUACGGUGGUCCGUAGCAAGGUAAAUAAAUUUCAGUGAAACGCUGCACUGGGAGGUUAUAUGUAUGUUCAGUUGCCUAAAACGUAACUAUACAACAGUUUGAGAAAUGCUUCAUAAAUGUGAUCUAUAUUUUGGCUGACAUAAAACAUGUCACAACUAAUAACAAUCAUUUCAUAUUGUUGCAAAAAAAAUGAAGCAAAUUCCAUCAUUGGAACAGAUAGAAAUCCACCACUAUGACCUCACCAUGAAGCUCAACGAACAUGGAAAUGCUUGUCAAAAACCACGUGCACAUGAAGAAAAUACAGUUUCUGUGAGGAGCUACGUGAGUGUUCAACAUUUAAGUUCAAAGUAACACAACAGAUUUUCACCAAUUUGGUAGCUUAUAAUUGGGAUUUUCACCAAUUUGGGUAGCUUCUAAUUGCGAUUUCCACCAAUUUGAUAGCUUCUAAUUGUGAGUUACACCAAUUCAAUAGCUUAUAAUUAAGAUUUCCACCAAUUUGCUAGCUUAUAGUUGAGAUUUUGUCCAAUUUAAUAGCUUAUAAUUGUGUUACACUAAUUUGGUAGCUUAUAAUUGUGACUUACACCAAUUUGGUAGCUUAUAAUUGUUGGUUACACCAAUUUGGUAGCUUAUCAUUUUGAGUUACACCAAUUUGGUAGCUUAUAAUUGUGGGUUACACCAAUUUGGUUACUUAUAAUUGUGAGUUACACAGAUUUGGUAGCUUAUAAUUGUGAGUUAUACCAAUUUGAUAGCUUGUAAUUGAGAUUUCCAGCAAUUUGGUUACUUAUAAUUGUGAUUUCCUCCAAUUUGGUAGCUUAUAAUUGAGAUUUCCACCAAUUUCGUAGCUUAUAAUUAAAAUUUCCACCAAAUUGGUAGCUUAUAUUUGUGAGUUACACCAAUUUGAUAGCUUAUAAUUGAGAUUUCUACCAACUUAGUAGCUUAUCAUUGAGAUGUCCACCAAUUUGGUAGCUUAUAAUUGUGAGCUACAUCAAUAUGGUAGCUUUUAGUUGUGAUUUCCACAUAUAUAAACAUAUAAAACACAUUUAGUAUUUUUGAAUCUUGCCUUGGUGUGCUUUCCCGCUUGGUGGUAGUUCUUGAAGACACAGGAAUAACUCUGUGGCAUGGACCAAAAUAAUCCAGGUCCUGAUGCACACUAUUGUGGGAUUAUUGCAGUCGGCAAGUGAUUCAGCGCUGAAUCACGACUGCAAGAAUGUUUUUUUUUUUUUU